GGCAACAAGAACUGAUUCCCCGCGACUGGGAGCGACACGAACAAAACCAGAAAAACUAAACCCUAGGCCUAGCUCCCAUCUACGCGGUUCGGAUUUCCUUUGCUGUGUGGAAAAAUCCAACGGCUUGUUCUGUGUCUUGGGAGCGGCCAUGAAGAUGUUCGGGAUCAACGGAAGCACCAUAACUCUCGCCCUCUUCGUGGACGUCACCAAUUCCAAGGAACUUCUUGAUUCUAUGCAAGCUGGAACUCUGGAGCCGGAAGUUGCAUUUCUCAAUGCCUCUCUUAUCCCAGAUGUUUUCCCGGUGCUCGCGUCUGCUUAUAAGACACUUGUAUCUAAGUCAAGGGAUUCUCUGACUACCCGCACCCCUCAUUCAGAACUAGUCUACAAUUAUUCGGGUUCAAAGCAUAUUACAGAGUCUUUAAAAAGAUGCGGAAUUUCUGAUAACUCCUCUUAUGUCCUUGCGGCUCGUUUUAACGCUUCUCCUGCCGAGAUGGAAGCUGUUGAGAAACUUGUACAUGGUAAAGAGAUCAGCUUAGAGGAGUUGGGAGAGAGAGCAGACCAAGCUAAGAUUCAAAAGCAUUUUAAGAUCACCGGACCCGAGUUGACGGURUCCUCAGUUGGAGAUGCUAUAACAUGUCGGAUCGCUGCACGCGAUGCCUUGUAGGCGAAAAAAGCUGCAACAAAGUUUCAUCUUGGGCAGUUGGCACACAAAGUUACUCUUCUCUGUAGGCGAAUCAUGAAUGUAUUAAAUUGUUUACAGUUAGUAUUACUUUUAGGUUGAUGAUGCAGAAUGUUCAAUUAAUUAUGCUGUUGUUGUCCUUUGGGAUGGAAAUUGAUUAAUCAAUUGGCGCUUGCUGUUUCUCUGUGCUUC